UUAAUAUUGCAUUCUUUGCACGAUCUUUAUCAUCACUUAAAGCAUUCUAUACUCGCCCGAGCCGCUGGACCUAGAAACCUGUAACAAACAUCAGGCCAUCUGCGGAACAUCUCUUGACGUUCACGCAGGUGAGUAGUAGCACGUGUGGCAUUCGCCAUGAGUGAUGUCGCAGAAAGACUCCUUGAGGAGUUCGACCAAUAUGUGAUGAACCACAUUCCGAUCCGCCUCAUACGCCUAUCAGACAUGACGUUUGUAGAGCGUGGUGAUGUGGGGAAGCACUUUCGGAGCUUUGUCCCUCAAACGAAUCUUUUUGGGAUCUAUAAGCCCUCCCGGGUUAUCAGAUAUGCCAUUCUAUCUCACCGAUGGCUGGAUUCGGGAGAGCCAACAUACGAAGAGAUGAAGACGCGCAAAGCAACAGGUCCGGGAUACGAGAAGCUGAAGAACUUCUGUAAACAGGCCAGGAAGCACGACAUGGAAUUUGCAUGGUCAGAUACCUGCUGUAUUGACAAGAGCAGCAGUGCCGAGCUGGACGAGUCGAUUCGCUCCAUGUUUCGGUGGUAUCAUAAUUCUGCUAUUUGCCUCGUCCACUUAGCAAAAAGCACGACCAUCGAGGAUAUAUUGCAUGAUGAAUGGACGGAAAGGGGCUGGACAUUGCAAGAACUCCUUGCACCCUUCCAUAUCAAAUUUUUCAAUAAGCACUGGAUACCUAUGACGAAUGAUUCAAACGACAAACAAAAAGAAGCUACCACCAGGAUACUGCAGACUCUGGAGAAGGCCACUGGCAUUCCUCAUGAUGAGAUCAACUGGCAGUUCAAUCCACGUCCGUUCAAGGUGGAUGAGCGGAUGGUGUGGGCAGCCAGACGCAAAACAACGAGGGUUGAAGACGUAGCGUAUUCUCUGAUGGGUAUAUUCGACGUCAGCCUGCAAAUCGCAUAUGGAGAAGGAGGAGAUCGCGCAUUCUGCAGGCUCAUCGAAGCCAUCAUGCAGGCUGGUGACCCUUCUGUCCUCAAUUGGAAGGGCACCACUGCAAAACAUCGCACUUCAUAUGCUAUUCCUCGAUCGCCAAGGAGCUUCAUGAACCGUCGAGAGUUGAAGUUGGCUAGUGGCGGGCGACUGGAGAUGACUAUGACCAGUCUCGGCUUGCGGGUGCCUCUAGUGAUCCUCCCUCUCAGUCUCCCUUUCUCAAAGGCUGCUGGAACAGGGAGUGCCUGCAUCACAUUCGAAUGCCUGUUGUAUCCCAGCAUCAAGAUUAAUAUCAAUGUUAACAACUCGAAGUUGAGCCACGGUCGGUAUCGAUAUGCGCUUGGGAUCAUCAACUACUCGCUUGUCAGGGAUGGAUUAGUGCGUGAGGUUGUGGAGAUGCAGGGCAAGUCAGCCGGAAUCCCCCUCAGAUGCCAACUGGUAGAUCGGUCCAGCUCAUCCACCCCUGCUGUUGGGUUCGGGUUUGAGACUGUCUACUUGGAACAGAGCCUAUCUAAACCAUGGGAAAAGAUACGUGAGGAGGGUUUGAUCGAGGUCGAUUUUCCAACCACACCGCGUUUUUACAUCGAACAUAAAUACCUAGAAAAUGUCCACUUGUAGCCCUGACAAAUAUGUACUCGUAAUAUUGCCUAGGCCGGGCAGCGGUAUUUUUACAACCCAGG